CAUGAAAUCUUUUUAAAGAAGGAAAGUAAGAUUGAGAGCAGCACCGGAGGAGCAAAGAAGGAGAGACACAACUUCUACGCCAGAGAAAGGAGCAGAGGAUGUCCAGAGCUGACUGGUCCUUCCUGGAGCACCUGCUGGAGGAGGGCCAGGAGUACUCGACAGGCAUCGGUCGCAUCUGGCUUACCGUCCUAUUCCUGUUUCGCAUGCUGGUGCUCGGCGCAGCGGCCGAGUCCGCCUGGGACGACGAGCAAGCCGACUUCGUCUGCAACACGCGGCAACCGGGCUGCACCGCCGUCUGCUACGACAAAGCUUUCCCCAUCUCGCACUUCCGCUACUUCGUACUGCAGGUCAUCUUCGUCUCCACGCCCACCAUCUUUUACUUUGGAUACGUGGCUGUAAGGUCGGGGAAGGAGAGGCGGGCGGAGGAUGCUCCUGAGGAUAAGCACGAACAGGAGCAUGCCAAAAAAGGGAGCGCGGCCGUGAAGAGUUCAGCAGAAGCUCCGAAACUGAAAGGAAAGCUUCUGUGCGCCUACACGUUCAGUAUCCUCUUGAAGGUUCUCCUCGAGGUCGGCUUCAUGGUGGGCCUGUGGAUCCUCUAUGAUGGCUUCCUCAUCGACGCAAAGUUCGAGUGCGUAGGCUUCCCCUGCCCUCACACGGUGGACUGCUUCGUCUCCCGCCCUACGGAGAAGACCAUCUUCACCAUCUACACUCAGGCCAUUGCCGCCAUCUCUUUGCUCCUCAACCUCGUCGAGCUCCUCCACCUGCUUCAGCUCGCCAUUUCUCAACAUCUGGAGAAGCGGUACCAAAGAGAAGCGUAUCCGCCACGCCUGGAUCGGGCGGCCGCCGGACCGGAGACGCUGGAGCUCGGAGAAGUGCCUCUGGAGUCUUACAGUGGGAGUCUGCCAGUGCCGAGCGAGGCGACAGGCUACACUAUCAACCACUGUGAGAGCUUUGGGGAUCUGGACCCUACGGUCAACUGGGCGCCCACAGAGGCCGGGAGUGACGUGCUUCCCAGCUAUAGGCACUGCAUGGAGGCUAUCAGGACAUCACGGCCAACGAGAAACCACUAUAGACCCAACAAGAACAACCACAAGGGGCUUUCAAAGCAGAAACACUACGUCUGACCAAGGAUUGUUAAUCUUGUACACUGGAGUAACAAAUAUCCUCGGUGGUGUCAAACGGUACUCUACCAGUGCCGAGCGAGGCGACAGAUGACUCAACCAACCGCUGUGAGAGCUUUGGGGAUCUGGACCCUACGGUCAACGGGGCGCCCACAGAGGCUGGGAGUGACGUGCUUCCCAGCUGUAGGCACUGCAUGGAGGCUAUCAGGACAUCGAGGAACCACUAUAUACACAACAAAAACAACCACAAGGGGCCUUCAAAGCAGAAGCACUACAUCUGACCAAGGAUUGUUGAUCUUGUGCACUGGAGUUAAAAAUAUCCCCGGCAGGUCAAACGGUACAUAAGUCUGGUUUUUGCAGGGUUGGAUCCUCGGCCAGGGACGUCCAAAAAGAGCCCGGGCAAACCCUGUUAAGACAAAGGCCAACAAGAAAACAAGAAUCAGCAUUUUGGGGUGCAUAGUGUCCCAAGUGUUGGCAUGUUGGCCACUCAGUCGGAAAAUCUAGGGUCCAGAUGUCGGUUUGUGCAUCUCUGCGAGGUUUGCGUGCGUACGUGGGUUCUCUCCGGGUACUCUGGCUUCCUCCCACAUUCCAGAAACACCUUUGGUAAAUUGGGGACUUUCAAUUGUCCAUAGGUGUGAAUGUUGGUUUAGUCACUCCAGGAAUUUCAACAAAUUCAACAAAUCCCCCGUGAAUUAUCUAGAGCAGGGGUGGGCAUUACGUCGAUCGCGAUCGACUGGUCGAUCUCGGAGGGUGUGUCAGUCGAUCUCAAGCCAGGCAUUAAAAAAUAGACAUAAAAAUGAGCAAUCAUCAAUCAUACCAAGACUUCACUUUCGUCAGUUGUUUGACAUUCUCGGCACCCGAGGAUCUUGUGAGAUGACGCUGGCUGCUGCGAGCUCAUAUUUAAGAAAAAAAUCACUAACAGGGCGGACGCAGAGAAACACAUUUUAUUUCUAGAGACUCCGUACCUACUGUCCAAACUCUAAAGACUGACUGCACAGUUCCUGUCUUCACCAUAAAAGACCUGUUUCAUCCUGCCUGUGCUAACAAAAUAAGAGUCUCAGAGAGCUAGCAAGCUACGGAGUUUGAUGCCAAUGUAUUUCUCCCCCGCCCUCAGCGACCGCUUUCUCACUUGCUUACCCACCCGCACACUCACUGACGUCACUCGCCUGCUGCCAGACAUUAAAGGGCCACACACAUAUGCUACUCUCAUAACAAAGUGUUUAAAAACGAGUAUGCAAGUUGGACAAAUGAGAUGCCAAAUCCAACCACUUUCAUGUGGUAUUGGACAGAAAGGAGGACUUUUUUUUUCCUCCAUUUGAAAAUGCGGACGUUAUCAGCACCACUGUCUAAUUCCAAUCAAUGCAAGUCAUCAGAGUCAGGUAAUACACCAACUUAUAUUCCUGUCUUCAUGAAAGAAAGGAAUCUAUGUGUGUUAAACAUGCUUGUAUUAUCAUUAAAAUCCAUUAACUUGUUAACAAAAAUGUCUCUUUCAUAAAUAAAUAAAUAUAAAUUAUGAAUAGGAAUGAGGUAGAGCUCCUCGACUUGGUCAAUUGAAAAGUAGCUCACCUGCAGAAAAAGUGUGAGCGCCCCUGAUCUAGAGCCUCGCAACUUCCCCACAAAUCUUGGCCAAUCAGUGUUGUUUUUGUCUCUGAGCGGCAAUAAUCUUAAAAUCUCAAUUUAGGCUUACUUCUUGUGGGGACGGAGCAGGGAAUAUAACGUAUAACAAUUGAUAUCCACCCGCGUAGCUAAGACCUAGACCCUGUUCCUGUCUGCAACACUAAGCCUUCUGGGUAAUGUAGUAUACAAACAUCAAGUGUAAAACAUACACCGAUAAUGUCUGCAACUUGUGGAAGACGGAGCAGACAGCGAACAAUAAGGAAGGGUUUCUUUCUGUAAUCAUAAUUAUUGCUAUUAUUGGUCAUAACUAAUGAAAACCGUACAAUACCGAAUUAUCCGGACUAUAGAGAGCACUGGUGUAUAAGGCGCACUUGGUGACUUUACAUGUACUAGUCGCACCGGACUGAAAGCCAAAUUAAUAUUCACACCGACAAAUUUUGUAGAUGUUUAUUUACAUACAUUAAUAGUUUCUAAACGUUGACUGUAACUCGGCAGUAAAACGGCUGAUCAAACAAAACAGAAGUCAUGGCCAUGGACCUACGAACUGCAGAACCGAGCUCUCCAAUCAGCUAAACUCCACGGUAACGAUUUGGUGAAUUGACAAAAUUGAAACAAUACAAAAAGAAUACCGUUAAGUAAAUAAUACUAACACAGACACUCGUUAUUAGUUCAUGCUAACAACGCUAGCGUCAAUACAUUAUGGUAGCACUUAGAAAAAUGAAUGAAAACAACCUCUACGGACAUCACACACAGGACGGUUCAGUAAGUAAGAAUUGUUUCAGUUUUAUUGUAAAACUUCCAAACGUUGCUUGGAUCCGUAUGGGUAGAAACGCUACGGACGAAUAUAACACGGAACGGCACUUUUACCUCCGGUUGAAAGCACAAAAGAGGAGGAAAUACUGUAGAUAUUCACCAUGCCUGCAUAGCACAAACAAUAGCACACCUUUCAGUGCAUUAUGGCCGUCAGCCAAAAAAAAAAAUCCCUAAAUUAGCCGCGCCGUUUUAUAAGCCGCAGGGUGCAAAGCGUAAGGGUUCAGAGUCCAAAAAAACCCCCGAUAAUUUAACAAGUGUCUACUUUUAAGUCGGUGCUGUAUAAAAACAAGUAAAACAUCAUUAUUUUAGAAAGAACACAUAAAAAAUGGGUAACCUACAGUCGUGGUCAAAAGUUCAAUGUCAUGGCUGUCUUGAGUUUCCAAUCAUUUCUACAACUUUUAUUUUUUUGUGAUAGAGAGAGUGGAGCACAUACUUGUUGCUCACAAAAACAUUCAUGAAGUUUAGGUUUGUUUUAUGAAUUGAUUAUUUGUCUAGUGAAAAAUGCGACCAGUUUAGCUGAAUGUGUUGGUUUUCUGACAUGGACUUGUUUCUUCAGCAUUGUCCACAUGUUUAAAUCAGGACUUUUCGUAGGCCAUUCUAAAACCUUAAUUGUAGGCCAUUCUAAAACCUUAAUUGUACCACUUUUCAGGUGUGUUGGGGGUCAUUGUCCUGUUGGAACACCCAACUGCGCCCAAGACUCAAUGAUGACCCUGACGCUUUUAGCUUGUCCUGAAGAAUUUGGAGCUACUCCUCCUUUUUAGUUUUCCCAUUUACUCUCUGUAAAGCAGCAGUUCCAUUGCCAAGCAAAAAAGGCCCAGAGAAUAAUACUACCACCACCAUGCUUGACGGUAGGUGUGGUGUUCCUGGGAUUAAAGGCCUCACCUUUUCUCCUCCAAACAUAUUGCUGAGCUCAAUUUUUCUUUCAUCUGACAUCACAUGGACAAAGAUAAGACCUUCUGGAGGAAAGUUCUGUGGUCAGAUGAAAAACAUUUGAGCUGAGAUGUGGACAAUGCUGAAGAAACAAGUCCAUGUCAAAAAAAUGUCAUGGUUGUCUUGAGUUUCCAAUAAUCUCUACAACUCUUAUUUUUUUGUGAUGUUGUGAUUGAAGCACAUUCUUGUUGCUUACAAAAAAAAACCAUUAAGUUUUGUUCUUUUAUGAAUUUAUUAUGGCUCUUGUCCAGGGUGUACCCUGCCUUCCGCCCGAUUGUAGCUGAGAUAGGCGCCAGCGCCCCCCGCGACCCCAAAAGGGAAUAAGCGGUAGAAAAUGGAUGGAUGGAUGGAAAAUGUGAGGGUCAAAAGUAUACAUACAGUAAUGUUAAUAUUUGGCAAGUUUCACUGUCAUCCACAAGCUUCUGCUUGAAUUUUUGACCACUCCUCUUGACAAAAUUGGUGGGAUUAAAGGCCUCACCUUUUCUCUUUGGGUAUUUUGGCCAAACUGCAACAUUUUUGUUUCAUCUGACAUCACAUUGACAAAGAUAAGACCUUCUGGAGGAAAGUUCUAUGCUAAGAUGAAACAAAAAUGGAGCUGUUUGGCCACAAUACCCAGCAAUAUGUAUGAAGGAGAAAAGGUGAGGGCUUUAAUCCCAGGAACAUCAGACCUACCGUCAAGCAUGGUGGUGGUAGUAUUAUGCUCUGGGCCUGUUUUGCUUGCCAAUGGAACUGCUGCUUUACAGAGAGUAAAUGGGACUAUAAAAAAGGAGGAUAACCUCCAAAUUCUUCAUCAUCAGCCCGGAGUUUGGGUCUAGGGCUCAGUUGGGUGUUCCAACAGGACAAUGAACUCCAAACACAUGUCAAAAGUGGUAAAGGAAUGGAUAAAUCCGACUAGAAUGAAGGUUUUAGAAAGGCCUUCCCGAAGUCCUGACUUAAACGUGUGGACAAUGCUGAAGAAACAAGUCCAUGACAAAAAAAUAAGAGUUGUAGAAAAGACUUAAGACUUAGACGAACUCGACUGAUCCACAAGGGAGAUUAUAUUUAAUAAAUUACAAGUUGAUUCCAUGUCAUUCGGGGAAAAAAAACAACCACGCAUCGUAUCUUUUUCCCCCAAUUUUUUUUUUAAAAAGCUAGCGCAAAAAUCACAAAAAUAGCCCGUGAAAUCCUGGAAGGAGGGUUUGUAGGUCUAGAGCCUGCAGAUCACCCGGGGGCCCCCGUGCGGGCGCAGGCUUUAGACAAGACCCCAUGCCCAAUGAGAGCCGUGAUCAAGCAGAACCAAGGAACAAGAGUCGCACUGUCAACCCGCCGCCUCACAGGCGCCAAAGAAAACCAAUUAACGGACUCCUUCAAGAUGUCAGAAACAAUACCCUAGGGCGGGUACUCUGCUGGUCAUGAGAUAACUUCAAACAAGCGAGCGGAUAUGAACAACAACAACAACCAAAAAACUGUCCCUGGACCUCCUCUCUGCCCACAAGGUGGAAUAUUCCGGUCUCAGCUCAGCUCCCAGGAGGGAUCACGGUCCCCUUUCACCCAGUCACUGGAGUCAGUGGCUUGGAACAGAAGCGUGGGACUCCUGGGGGGCUUUAAGGGGCUUAGGACCACAACAAAAUGAUUCCGUGACUUGGAAAGUGGUACAAAAUAAUAUGUAUUUAUAUUUAUUCUACACCAAAUAAAGUGGUAAGUCACCUGGUCUGGCUGAUGCACCUCA